AUGGGUUCCGUUCUAUAUAACAACUUCUCCGAAGGCCCAGCCAUGAUCCUCUCCCCUUCUCGAAACCAUCCAUCAUUUCAAUUUCCUUCUCAGUCAAUGCAAGGUCUCCAAGCAUUUGAUUCUGGCUCGUGGUCUAUGGACGCCGCCUGCGCGAACCCAUUCAAAGCGCCGACGCGUCAUUCGUCUUCCUGGACACCCGCGUCCUCCUCUGCAAAGCCUUUAUUUACGAACCCUUCUCGCAAGCGAUCUCGAAUGGAUAGCGAGGACGAUGACAUGCCCAGUUCGAAGUUUAGCGUUGUGCCUCCUGUCCCUUCAGUGGAGGCACCAGUCUAUGGUGAAGGGAUGGCUCUCUUGAAUCCUCGGACUGGUCUGGCUGUGUCUGCCGAAAGCCAAACUGGCACGUGGUACGAAGAGCAGGCUCAAAUGAGAACUACGAAAGCUGCUUCAUCAUCCAACAAGUCUCAACAUGUACAAGAUACUAGUAACCGAGAUGGCCCGAGCCGUAAAUCCCAACGCCUGGACACCUCCGCCCCAGGAAUCGACGAUGUCGAACUUGCAUGGAUAAGACACCAAAUGCAAUCUACCACCAACGACGAUAACCGUCGCAAGAACAAUCCUUUCAAUACGGCAGAUGAGCCACGCGUCGAUGAUGUGACGCUUCUACUUGGUAUUAGCUGGCAACGUGUCAAUCGCGAUGGUGACAUGGCCCCUGCAGUCUCGGGCUGGGAAAAGUAUAUCAACAAUCAUUUUUCUAGAUAUCUUCGAAAUGCCCGCAUUAUUCUCAAGAAUCGCAGCCUUAAUGCAUAUCUGGUUGCUGCUCUUCCAGCACACGAUAUUAUACCUCAAGAUACAGUUCCUGGGUAUAUGAAUAAUUCAACCAUGCCUAGUAUCUACCAGUUUGAUCCAUCUUCUUAUUUCUUUCUCUUCAAGGAGGACUUGACAGAGGGACAGCUGGUAGCCUCGACUCUCGACAAUUGUCUACAGAACCUUCGAUCAACACCUGUUCAAUUUGAGGGUACCGACAUCCUUCGCGCAUCUGACCGAUCUCCUGAGCGUGUACUGGCUCCUGAGAGAAACGACCAGGUCAACAGUCUUGUUGGAAACGGCAUUCCAGUUGCAUCCAUCAGCAAGGAAGACCAUGCUGUAAUCAAUGGCGGGAAGACGAGUUUGAGCAAUGGUAUGGUGAUGAGCAUGGGGACGGACAUGGACAUCGAUUUAUAA